CUAUUACUAAAAUCAAUAUAGUUAAAAUCAAAGCAAAAAAAAAAAUCAAAGUUUUGGUAAGUGAUUUCAAUAAUUUUUCCUUAUUAGGCCUCAGUUGAUAAGUGGGCCUGUGGGGGCGAGAAAUGGAUAAGUCCAGCCCAAAUCAGUUUAUCAUUCCGGUGGCAUUCACUUCAUCGCUCCCGAUUUUUCAGUUACUCCGACGACUCCUGAGAAAUAGGAAUAAACGAUCCGAAGCUUUGUUUAUGCCUUAAGGGUUUGUGUUGCUGCAACAAUCAAUUUGUGUUGGGGGUUUACAGAAUUAGUUGAAUUUGGUAGUCUUAUUCAUAUGAGAAUUCGUCUAUUUUGAUUGAUCAUCGAUGGUGUCUGUACAGUCUAAGAGUGUUUGGAUGAAAAGGCAGCAAUGCCCAUGUGGUGAUUGGAAAUGUUUUGUAACAUAUGAGGGAAACACCGACGAAGGUAGUGUUGGGUCUCAGUUAAUCAAAAAUGAUUUGGGACCAACGGAAACUAUGGUUUCCCCAUACGUCGGGAUGGUGUUUAAGAGUGACGACGAAGCGUUCGAGUAUUACGGGAGUUUUGCUAGGAAUAAUGGAUUUUCGAUCAGGAAAGAGAGGUCUAGGUUGAGCCCUCAAUUGGGUGUUUACAAGAGGGAUUUUGUUUGCUACAGGUCAGGCUUUGCUCCUCCUAGGAAGAAACAAGCUGGAGAGCUUCAGAGGGAAAGGAAAUCUGUUAGGUGUGGUUGUGAUGCAAAGAUGUACUUGUCUAAAGAGGUUGUAGAUGGGGAUUCUCAGUGGUUCGUUGUACAAUUCAGUAAUGUGCACAAUCACGAGCUUUUAGAGGAUGAUCAAGUUCGUCUGCUUCCAGCUUAUCGCAAAAUUCACGAGGCAGACCAAGAACGGAUUCUUCUUCUUUCAAAAGCUGGUUUUCCGAUCAACCGAAUUGCCAAGGUGCUAGAGCAGGAAAAGGGGAUUCAGGGUGGACAGUUGUCAUUUUUGGAAAGAGAUGUCAGGAAUUUCAUCCAAAACCGCAAGAAAGUUGUGCAAGAGAAUGAUGCUUUAUUAACUGAGAAAAGAGAAAACGACACCAUGGAUGUUCUUGCAGCCUGCCGGGCAAAUAAAGAGGCAGAUCCGUUUUUUGUGUAUGAUGUUGCUUUUGACGAAAAUGAUAAAGUCGAGAAUGUUGCUUGGUCUUUUGGUGAUUCUAUUCAUGCCUUCGACAUGUUUGGUGAUGUUGUUUACUUUGACUCGACAUAUAGUUCAAUGGAGUAUGGCAUGCUUUUUGGAGCAUGGUUUGGCAUUGACAACCAUGGAAAAGUUCUCUUCUUUGGUUGUGCAUUGAUGCAGGACGAGACCCCCCAGUCACUUGCUUGGUCUUUACAGGCUUUCCUCCGGUUCAUGAAAGGAAGAUAUCCGCAAACAAUUAUAACUGAUAUUGAUCCUGGUCUCAGAGAAGCCAUCAGAAGUGAAAUGCCAAAUACUAAGCAUGUCAUCUCCUUUCAUAAUAUCCAGCCCAGGAUGUCCUGCUGGUUCUCUCCUCCACUUGGCCCAAGGUUCUCUCUCUUUAAGUAUGAAUUUGAAGAGUUGUGCCAGCUAGAAACUACCGAUGAAUUUGAAUUUCGGUGGAAUCAGAUGGUUUCAAACUUUGAACUCAAUUCAGAUAAGCAUAUAAUUUUACUUUUCUCUCUCCGCAUGUCUUGGUCUUUGCCUUACAUUAGGGGUUGGUUUCUUGCUAGAAUGGAUUCUCCAUCAUACUGGAAAUCCUUAGAUGUGAUUUUGAAAGAAGUGAUUAAGACACAGACCUGUUUGCGUGGCCUGUUGGAACAGACAGGAUUAUUAUCAUCAAAUUAUAGAAUGAAGUCACAUGACCAGACACAGUAUAUGCAUCUCAAAACAUGCUUACCCAUCGAAGAACAUGCACGUAGUGUUCUUACCCCUUUUGCAUUUGACCGUGCACAACAAGAAAUGGUGUUAACCUUGCAGUAUGCUGCAUCUGAAAUGGCUAAUGGUUCAUAUCUUGUACACCAUUUCAAGAAGGUCGACGGUGAGCGUCUUGUGAUAUGGAUACCAGAAGAUGAACAAAUCCACUGCUCCUGCAAGGAAUUUGAGUCCACUGGAAUUUUGUGCAGGCAUGCGCUUCGUGUGCUGUUAUUUAAGAACUAUUUUCAGCUUCCAAGCAAAUAUCUUUUGAAUCGAUGGCGCCAAGAAAGCUCAUUAUUCUGUUACAAUGGAGAAAGUAACAUAAAAAUGAAGGAUGAUUGGUAUAAGGAAUUCCAUUCUCUCACUGGGAAUCUGUUCUCUGAAGCAAUGCUGACAAAGGAGAGAUUUGAUUUUGUUCAUAGAGAACUUACUAAAGAGAUUGCAAGACUUACGAGUCAAGUGAGAGAUAUGCCUGCUGGGGAUGAAGGAGUUACAGCUGUCACCCUGUCACCGACCAAUGCAUUGUGAUGUCUCUUAUGUAGAAAGCAUAGCUGUUGUAAGCAUCAGUGAGUAUUCUGACUGUGAUUCUCUGAGAACUGCAAGCACUUACGGAAAAAUAUUAUCAGAGAUAAAUAUGAUUGGGAGGGAUACUCAGAAAGUUGCCCUGAUCUGUGAUUGUCACUGUGCAUCAUAAUCGAGUGGUGAAAGUAGUGACAACAAAAAGAAGGCCUAUCCAGAUCCGUCAUCUUUGUAGAUAAUGUGAGUUCAGAUGCACGGUUGUGGUUUCCAGGUCUCUCUCCGGGUGUUCGAUUCCCAGGACAGCAAUAGGUUCAAAUUUCUUCAAGAGCAAGCCCCCAUCCGGGAUUCUUGUGUACGAACUAAUGGGAGACGAACAAUAAGUGAAUGAGAGGCUAAUUUAGGAGUAUGAUUGUUACGAGAAGUACGAUGCAGUAUCCCGAGGACAAGAGAAGAAACUGCUGGCAGGUCGCGGCCAUGAAAUCCUCUCUGGAGAUAUUUGCCUGGGACAAAAAAAAAAGAUGAAUGUGCAAUUUAUGAAUAUGAAGUGCAUAAUUUCCUAUCCUGACAAGGCUGCAAGAUGGUGAGUAGAAAAUGGCAUGCUAGAUGUCUCAUUUUUUGAUGAUUUUCACUUCACCAAUCUGAGAUAGAAACAAAACGGCUUUUCAUAAAUUGUGCAUUUCUACAACUCAAGGUUAUAGCUAGGCCUAGCCACGGCCAAAACCUACUCUGAUCCUCUGGAUAUGUAUCUCAAUCACGUCCUGGAAUUUAUUUUGUGUUUAUAAUGUUGAAUUUGUGAUUACCAAUAUGGGAAAUCAGCGAUAAUCAUUUAAAAUA